UAGAUAACGUCCCAACAGAAUUCAGCCAAAACUUUCGUCGUCCUCUCACGUGCCCGGCACGUGGAUUAGAAGCAUUCAGUCCUUCGCGCCUUGCGCGUUAGCUUCCCACCUGGCCUCGCUGCCAGUAUCCCAUGUGCUACUGCUGCAUUCUCUCUUCCCGCUGCUUCUCUUUGCAGCUGCUCUCUCUCUCUUUCUUCUGUCAUUCUUUUUCCUCUUUUCUCUUUCUCUUCUUUCCACAACAAUAUGUUGCUCUGUCACUUAUCCGCGUGCUCUCCAAACUGGUACAAAGCUUUGUUGCGGUGUGGUAUUCCGUUCUGCCAAUUCUAGGACUUCUGGUACAAAGCUCAUUCUACACCAAACCACAUUGUCUCCCUCACCUCUAUAAGCUCCUUCUACACCUAACAUCACAAGUUCUCCUUCUCCCAUCAGCUCUGGGAUUCUAGGACUUCGAAUCCCACCGCAAGAUCCUCGCCGUCAUCGGCAUUUGCCCUUCCUCCCUAGAUCUCAGCCCCCUCGCCCUUCAUCUCCUCAUACUCUCUUCGUUCUCUCUUCCUCUGCCACUAUAUCGUCUCCCUGUCCUCUAUCAACUCGUCCUACACCCACCAUCACAAGUUUCCCUUCUCCCACCAGCCCUGAGAUUCCUCCUCCGCCUCUCUCAAUUUCAGGUUCAUCGUUGCCCUUCCCAGGAUCUCCACUCCCUCGCCUUCAUUUUUAUUUUUAAAUUUUUGCUCCUCUUUUUUUUUUGUUUUUGCAGGUGAAAUAUCAAUAUCAAGCAGUAUUUCGAUAUUAUUGGUUUUUUUUAUUUCACUGUCUAUAUGCGAAGAUGUCUUUGCUUUUUUGUGAUGUUGUAUCUUGAAAUUCUAGGGCUUAAUAGCUGGUCAUUUAGUGGUUUUUUGGUAUCUUGGCUGGUUGUAUUUUUUUUUUAUUUUUCAAGGGAUUUUUCUUUUCUCUUCUCUUCUUGUUUCUCUGCAUCUAAAUAUGCCUUUGUUUUUUUGUGAUGUUUUGGUUUGGUGUUUCAAAAUAUCUUCAAAUUCUAGGGUAUGAAGAACUGGUGAUUUAGUGAUUUUCCCCCUUGGCUGGUUGUAUUUUUUGCUUAUUCAGAGGAUUUUUUUGAAAAACUGGUGGUUUGGUGUUUCUUUUCCACCCCUUUUGCUUCAAGUUUAUUCCUCUUCUUCGUUUGCAAGGGACUAUGAGUCUGAGUGUUGAUAAACAUUUUAGUUUCCCUUACGUUAUAACUCUGCAUGUGUGGUUUUUUUUUUUUUAAUUUUAUUGGGGCUGUACUAGCCAUUUCUGAAAGUAUGACACAACGUGCUAAUAUUUUGGCUUCAAUUGGAUUUCUGUUAUUCGCAUGCCUGUGAGUUCAUUGUAAGAAGAUUUUGUUUGAGUCGAUAUCCUCUGCUCGUGAUAUUGCAUAUUUGAAUAAGAAAGUAGGGUGUCUUCAUUAGGGUGCUCCUGUUAAAUUACAACUUAGAAUCUUUCAUGGGUCCGUAUAUGAUCUAUCAAUGAUGAAAACAGCAUUGCCUGUGGCAUGAGCCAUAGAGUAUGUACAAAUUGCAAGUUUGUUGUCUCUAAUAGUGAUCACAUUCAAAUAGUUGAAUGCUGGGUAGUUAGAAAGUCUUUUUAAUAAUGCUGUGCAAUUGCACUACUAAGACUAUGGAAGUUUAUGUACUCUUUAAGUAUGCGCCUUCAAAAUGCUUAACGUGACCUAUUUUCAGGAUUAACAAAGAUAUGACCCACGAAACCUGAAGCCCUCAGAAGUCAUUUAAUUGAGACUGAUAUGCAUGUUAGAGACAAAAUACUAUUGUUGUUUGACUCUUGGCAAGUGGCCCUGGAGGAAAAUAUUCCCAGUAUUACUGGGGGUAUGAGGACUUAAGGCCUGUAAAAGAUGAAGUUAUAGUUAUCUUGUUGAGCAAUGUCAUUCCAACUAGAAGAAAUUGAUGCAGAUGUUGACUAUUACAGGGUUAGAUCGUGUCGUACUGAAAAUAUAGGAGAAAUAUUUGCCUUGAAGAAAUUAAGGAAGUCAGAUAUGCUCAGGCAGGGACAGGUUGAGCAUGUUCGCUUUGAGAGGAAUUUGCUUGUAGAGGUUGACAGUCAGUGUAUAGUGAAACUUUUUUAUUCUUUCCAAGAUUCAAAUUUUUUGUACCUUAUCAUGGAAUAUUUAGCUGGUGUGGACAUCAUGACCUUGCUGAUGAGAGAGGAUAUUCUUUCUGAAGAUGUUGCCAGAUUCUACAUUGCUGAAAGUAUUCUUGUUAUACAUUCGAUUCAUUAACAUAAUUAUGUACAUAGGUACCAAUACAUGUGAUUGCAGUGAACUACCUUGUGUAUUGGAGAGUAUUCCUUCUCUCCAAUUUCAUACUACCUUGUGUAUUGGAGAGUGUAGCGUCUCUUUUUGAA